UCUGGAAUUCACACAGGAAACACGGUGAGAAUGGAUCAAGGAGAGACACUUAUGACAAGUGGGAAAUUCUGCUUUGCCACGAGUGGCUGGAGGGUGGGAGCCCUGAUGGCUCUGUGCCUUCUGCAGCAGGCUCGAGGUCAUGUUCAACUCCUCCCUCCUCAAAAUGUGACCCUGCUGUCAAGGGAUUUUGCCAUGAUUUUGACCUGGGCUCCAGGGGAAGGCUCCCCCCCAGAUGUGACCUACACUGUGAGGUAUGAAAGCCAGGAUCGCCUGGACAAAUGGAUGAAGGUUCCUGAUUGCAAAAACAUCCCCAGAUCCUUUUGUAAUCUGACCUGUGCCCUCCCCAACCUCUACGUUAAAGUGCGGGCUCGGGUGAAAGCGCUUUGGGGACGGUCCCAGUCGCCCUGGGUGAAAUCCCAGUUCAAGGAUUACUACUCAGACGUGGAACUGGCUCCCCCCGUGCUGAGCCUGAACGUCAGGGAGAAUUCCAUCCAUGUGAGUGUCUCCUUCCCUCUGCCCACCUGCGUGGAGAACCUCACCUGGAAGUAUGACUUGAACCUCUGGGAAGCAGGAUCUGAAGAUAAGAAGAAAUAUGAAGGUUACUUCAGGAAGGACACAGUGACCAUCAACACCACUGCUCUGAGGGGCAAUUACUGCUUCAGUGCCAGGGCUCUCUAUGAAAGCAUCAACUUGAAGCACAGUGAAUUCUCCCAGCCUGUGUGUGUGCUAUUAAAGCACAAAGCACUGGACUGGAGGUUUCCACUUCUGGUUGUGAUCCUUCUGUUUGUCCCCCCCAUCUUUGUGGCCAGUCCCUUCAUCUGCUGCCUGGUGAAACACGAGGCCAAGCAGAGGAAGAUGCCUCAGGUUUUGGAUUUCUCUCAAUUUAAAGCUGCUGGACCAACCUUCCACUUGGAGCUCAGUGAAAAGGAAUUCUGCAGUGAUGAUCUGAACUGCACAGAGAAGCCAGUGCCUCAAAGGAGGACAAACAGAGCUUUAGGAGGACAGCACCUGCCAUGGAUGGCUUCUUUCCCAUCAUCUUCAGAGGAUGAGGAUGAGGAGGAAGAAGACAGCAGCACUUUGAUCCCAUACCAUGCAAUGGCAAAGAGACAUCUCAGCUGUCAGGCAGCCCCAGCAGCCCCAGGGGAAACCAACUUGGAUUCAGGAUCAGGAUCUGUGGACAGGGGAUCUGUGCUUGACCUCAGAGCCCUGGGCUUCACUCUCUUUGCAGAGAGGCAGGGUCAGGUGGACACCUCAGGGUCCCAGGAGGAGACAUCCCUUUAUCUCUGUUCCUCCUUGGGAAGGAUAUCCCUCACUGAUGUGAGAUUCCCAGGUGCCAGUGAGCAUGGACUCAUGGAAACAGGGAUCCAUGGAAACAUGGAGGAUGGGAACAGGGAUGAGAGGCUGGGAAUGAGCCCCCUUCAGCCCCUGCUGGGGGAGGAUUGUGCUGAACCCCAUGAGCAGCACCCACACAGGAAGGCUCCUCAAUUCUCCAGGGAUUACCAGAAAUCCAUCGUGGAUCUGCAGCUCCACAUGGGCUCCACAUCCCAGCCCAGAGAGGAUCCCAGCAGGCAGCUCCUCAUCCCCCUGUGGACACUGCAGCUGGCAGAGGAUGAGGGCAUUGCCAGUGACUGUGGCAGUGACACUUUUACAGAAGGGACACCACCCGAGUCCACAGUGCUGAGUGAUGCUUUUGAGACAUCAAAUACAGAGGAAAAAUAUUAUCCAAAGCUGCAAUUCUCAGGCUACGAGCACUCACAUUACUUGGGAAGGAUCUAAAGCACCCAGCAGGUCUGGGGAGUGCCUGGAAAAUGCUGGAGAGCUCCAGAUAUCCAAGCAAGGAUCCUUGAACGAGGACAAAAAACUGAUGUCUGGCCUAUCCAGGCAAUGGCUUUAGGGACACAAAAAAGUGCAUUUUAUUGCUAAGUCACCUCUGGACUGUCAAUGUCCCUCUGAUAAGGUGUUCAGGCUCUGGCACAGCCAGGGCUGAGGGAGGCAGGGACAUCUCUGAGGGACCACCCAGCAAAAGGCACUGCCUGGGGGUCACCUGAGACUCCAGAACAAGGGAAUUGCUGCAUGUGGGCCAUGAAAGGCAAAAGCACAACCCAGCCCUGGGUGGGACCAUCAGCUGGGGCCUGAAAAUGCAGUGUUGUGCCUGCACGUGGAUUUGGAGCAGAUUUGGAACUGCUUUGUGUCACCUUUGCUUCCCUGUAAGUGCAGAGCUUGAGUGGAAGUUCCUUACAGAGAUAUUCAGCAAGAUCUGGUUUUUGUGGGAUGAAAAGUUCUCCACCUCAUCCUGCAGAAUCACCUUCUAUGUUCCAACAGAGGGAACCGAAGCCAAAGGGUGCAGCAUGUUUGUUUAUUUAUUUUUUAUUUUAUACUUAUUGAAGCUGAAAUUCUUCCUGCUGUGCAGAAUGUCUGAAAGCAAUAAUAUUUUGAUAGAAA